GGCUGGAAAGAUGGCGGUCCUGGCACCUAUAAUUGCUCUGAUAUAUUCGGUCCCGCGACUUUCACGAUGGCUGGCACGACCUUACUACCUUCUGUCUGCCCUGCUCUCUGCUGCUUUCCUACUCGUGAGGAAACUGCCGCCGCUCUGUCACGGUCUCCCCACCCAACGCGAAGACGGCAACCCGUGUGACUUUGAUUGGAGAGAAGUGGAGAUCCUGAUGUUUCUCAGUGCCAUUGUGAUGAUGAAGAACCGCAGAUCUACUCUCUCCUUCCUGCUUCCUCCUUGCUGUGGUGGCUGGGAUGCUUCUUCCGUGAUUUUUUUGAAUCUAGACUGGGUUCUUCUCUGUGUUAAACCAAUCAGUUACGACCUUCUCUUAACAGUGUGAAGUGAAGGGGCCUUCUCCCUCCUUCCUCCUCCCUCUGUGAUCCACCUUCCUUUUUACCCUACCCUGCGGCGGCUCUGCCCCUUACCUUCAUGGACGACUCAGAGGUGGAGUCGACCGCCAGCAUCUUGGCCUCUGUGAAAGAACAAGAGGCCCAGUUUGAGAAGCUGACCCGGGCGCUGGAGGAGGAACGGCGCCACGUCUCGGCGCAGCUGGAACGCGUCCGGGUCUCACCACAAGAUGCCAACCCACUCAUGGCCAACGGCACCCUCACCCGCCGGCAUCAGAACGGCCGGUUUGUGGGCGAUGCUGACCUUGAAAGACAGAAAUUUUCAGAUUUGAAACUCAACGGACCCCAGGAUCACAGUCACCUUCUGUAUAGCACCAUCCCCAGGAUGCAGGAACCGGGGCAGAUUGUGGAGACCUACACAGAAGAGGACCCUGAAGGAGCCAUGUCUGUAGUCUCUGUGGAGACCUCAGAUGAUGGGACCACUCGGCGCACAGAGACCACAGUCAAGAAAGUAGUGAAGACUGUGACAACACGGACGGUACAACCAGUCCCUAUGGGACCAGAUGGGCUGCCUGUGGAUGCCUCAUCAGUUUCCAACAACUAUAUCCAGACUUUGGGUCGUGACUUCCGCAAGAAUGGCAAUGGGGGACCUGGUCCCUAUGGGGGGCAGGCAGGCACUGCUACCCUCCCCAGGAACUUCCACUACCCUCCUGAUGGAUAUAGCCGCCACUAUGAAGAUGGUUAUCCAGGUGGCAGUGAUAACUAUGGCAGUCUGUCCCGGGUGACCCGCAUUGAGGAGCGGUAUAGGCCCAGCAUGGAAGGCUAUCGGGCACCUAGUAGACAGGAUGUGUAUGGGCCCCAGCCCCAAGUUCGGGUAGGUGGGAGCAGCGUGGAUCUGCAUCGCUUUCAUCCAGAGCCUUAUGGGUUAGAGGAUGACCAGCGUAGCAUGGGCUAUGAUGACCUGGAUUAUGGUAUGGUGUCUGAUUAUGGCACUGCCCGCCGGACUGGGACACCCUCUGACCCUCGCCGACGCCUCAGGAGUUAUGAAGACAUGAUUGGUGAGGAGGUACCAUCAGAUCAGUACUAUUGGGCUCCUUUGGCCCAGCACGAGCGAGGAAGUUUAGCAAGCUUGGAUAGCCUGCGCAAGGGAGGGCCCCCACCUCCUAAUUGGAGACAGCCAGAGCUGCCAGAGGUGAUUGCCAUGCUAGGUUUCCGUUUGGAUGCUGUUAAGUCCAAUGCAGCUGCAUACCUGCAACACUUAUGCUACCGCAAUGACAAGGUGAAGACUGACGUGCGGAAGCUCAAGGGCAUCCCAGUACUGGUGGGAUUGUUAGACCACCCCAAAAAGGAAGUGCACCUUGGAGCCUGUGGAGCUCUGAAGAAUAUCUCCUUUGGGCGUGACCAGGAUAACAAGAUUGCCAUAAAAAACUGUGAUGGUGUGCCUGCUCUUGUGCGAUUGCUGCGAAAAGCUCGUGAUAUGGACCUCACUGAAGUCAUUACUGGAACCCUAUGGAAUCUCUCUUCCCACGACUCAAUCAAGAUGGAGAUUGUGGACCAUGCCCUGCACGCCUUGACAGAUGAAGUGAUCAUCCCCCAUUCUGGUUGGGAGCGGGAGCCUAAUGAAGAUUGUAAGCCACGCCAUAUUGAGUGGGAGUCAGUGCUCACCAACACAGCUGGCUGCCUUAGGAAUGUAAGUUCGGAGAGGAGUGAAGCUCGUCGGAAACUUCGGGAAUGUGAUGGUUUAGUUGAUGCCCUCAUUUUCAUUGUUCAGGCUGAGAUUGGGCAGAAGGAUUCAGACAGCAAGCUUGUGGAGAACUGUGUCUGCCUUCUUCGAAACUUAUCAUAUCAAGUUCACCGGGAGAUCCCACAGGCAGAGCGUUACCAAGAAGCACCUCCCAAUGUUGUUAACAAUACUGGGCCACAUGCUGCCAGUUGCUUUGGGGCCAAGAAGGGCAAAGAUGAGUGGUUCUCCAGAGGGAAAAAACCCAUAGAGGAUUCAGCAAAUGACACAGUGGAUUUCCCUAAAAGAACAAGUCCUGCUCGAGGCUAUGAGCUCUUAUUUCAGCCAGAGGUGGUGCGGAUAUACAUCUCACUCCUCAAGGAGAGCAAAACUCCUGCCAUCCUAGAAGCCUCAGCUGGGGCUAUCCAGAACUUAUGUGCUGGGCGCUGGACAUACGGUCGGUACAUCCGCUCUGCUCUGCGUCAAGAGAAGGCUCUUUCUGCCAUAGCUGACCUCCUGACCAAUGAGCACGAGCGGGUAGUGAAAGCUGCAUCUGGAGCGCUGAGAAAUCUUGCGGUGGAUGCUCGUAACAAAGAAUUAAUUGGUAAACAUGCUAUUCCUAACUUGGUAAAGAAUCUGCCAGGAGGACAGCAGAAUUCCUCCUGGAAUUUCUCUGAGGACACUGUGGUCUCUAUUUUGAACACUAUCAAUGAGGUUAUUGCUGAGAACUUGGAGGCUGCCAAAAAACUUCGAGAGACACAGGGUAUUGAGAAGCUGGUGCUGAUCAACAAAUCAGGGAACCGCUCAGAAAAAGAAGUUCGAGCUGCAGCACUUGUAUUACAGACAAUCUGGGGAUAUAAGGAACUGAGGAAGCCACUGGAAAAGGAAGGAUGGAAGAAAUCAGACUUUCAGGUGAAUCUAAACAAUGCUUCUCGAAGCCAGAGCAGUCAUUCAUAUGAUGACAGCACUCUCCCUCUCAUUGACCGGAACCAAAAAUCAGAUAAGAAACUUGAUCGGGAAGAAAUUCAGAUGAGCAGUAUGGGAUCAAACACAAAAUCACUAGAUAACAACUAUUCCACACUGAAUGAGAGAGGGGACCACAACAGAACACUGGAUCGAUCUGGGGAUCUAGGCGAUAUGGAGCCAUUGAAGGGAACACCCUUGAUGCAGGACGAGGGGCAGGAAUCUCUGGAGGAAGAGUUGGAUGUGUUGGUUUUGGAUGAUGAGGGGAACCAGGUGUCUUAUCCCCCUGUGCAGAAGAUUUAGCACCACUGUCUCCGCUCCAUCUGGGCUUAUAAUAUAUGUACUUUUAUUUUUUGGUGGUGAGAUGGACUGAUGAUUUUCCUUUUUCUUCGCUGGACUAUUGUGCCAACUGCCAGGCUGCCUCCUGCCCUUGCAGCCCUAAGUGGCUGCCUUCUUUCCAUCGACUCCCAACUUCUUCCAGUGAAGUUUAAUUGUCCCACUCCCCCACACAUCCCCUCCAAUUUCUCCCAAGAAGCCUGCCUCAGUUAUUUGCGUAUCUUGAGAAACUGCACAGAUUAGCUCUUUCUGCCAGCUCUCCCUGGACCUCUUGGCCUUGAGUGGAGGGAGGGAGAGAAUGGAAAUCUUCACUGAAAGUGUGGGAAAAAUAUGCUGUAUGUGCGAUGUCCAGCAGUCUGAUAAACUGAUGAUUCUUAAUCAAGGUUUUUUUUCCUGGUGGGGAAGGGACUUUUUAUUUUCUUUUAGAGAAGGGGAAGUGUGAGCUCUCCCUUAUUCCUGCUAAUGGCUAUUUUUGAAGCAAAGAAGGCCGGCAACAUUGGCACAUUCCACCUGGCAAGGGCCCUUGAGUAAGUGACAGUCUCCUGGAACUGGGACUAAGAAACCUUGCUCUCCUCAUCUUUGAGGCAGGGACUGUCAAGGACCUACAGACUCCAUCUCUUCUGCAAGCCUCAUGCCAACCCUGGGGCUGCUGCCCCUUACAGAGGCUGUCCUGAACUUUCCUCUCCCACCCUGUGAUGUGUCUGCUGACUUGACCUGGCCGUUUACAAGAGGCUAUAGAAAGAGGAUAAUGUCAAGGAAGACUAUUUAGUUGAAAAGGAGCAGAAAGAUAUCUUUUGGAAAGAAGAGGAACUUCUAGGAGGAGCUAGUAGGAAUGUACAUGAAGCGGUUAGUCUGAAACUGGCAGGAAGCUUCAAAACUGGCUCCCCCCCCGCCCUAUUUCUUUUCCUACCCUUAUAGACCUGCCCCCUGCCUCUACCCUGGAAUGGUUGGCCAAUUAAAGGACUUGAUGUACAUAACUCCUGUCCCCUUUACCCUUAUAAGGUGAGGAUUGCCCCUGGCUUUGCCUCUUCUUUGUGCCUUUGGCCUGGGGUGCAUCUCCUUUCUCCCUUCCACGUGCCUUUCUUUGCCUCUGCAGUCUCAUUUCUCAUAAUUUUGCAAAUUAUAUUUUGUUGCUUUCUUAUCUACUGUUGGCCCUAAAUAGCAGAAAGAAAAGAAGUGACCUAGGGAACCUCAAAUUAUCCACUGGGGACUAGUAUAGCCUCUGAUUUCAGCCAUCGCAAUCUUGUGCUCAAUAACAUAUGGUUGGGAUUUUGCAAAAUCUUGUUCUGAUGAACCUCAGAGUGCAGUUGGUGGGAGGAGUAAGUCGUGUGACUCUUAUUCCUUAGGUGCCCAGAAUUUGCCAUCUUCUCUGAAGGGGCUAUAGGGAAGUGGUCUUUCCUAGUUGCCCCUCCCACCCCCAAUACUAUACCACUCAUCUCACUGUAGUGCAUAUUAACUGGUUGGGCUAAAGAAAUCAGCUGCUAUGCGGGUUGAUUAUUUUUUUUUAAGCCUUUUCCUUCUUUGCCUUCUACUCCCCUUAACCUAAAAGCUCUUUUUCAUGCAACUGGAAUUAUUUAUCCCUCUCUUCCCCUUCCCUUAUAUAUUGAGGCUAUGGGGUAGGAGAAAAGUGCACAACCCACCCCCCCUUCUCCAUGCAUUAAAAUUCCUUAUUUACCUUUAUUCCCCCUCCCAUUUCUUCCCCCUCUUAUCCACAUUCUCCAGCAGAAAGGAGCCUUUUGCUCUCUGACCCUAAGAGCACACUGCACAGGGCAGAUUGCCCCCAUCCAGACUUGGCUCCACUCUUGGUUUCUCUUGUUCUUCUCUGCUGUUUUCCUGGUGCUCUUUUUUCUCGGUGGGGGUGUGGGUAACAGAACAGCGGUGUGGGCUUUUGGGGACCUUCACCUGUUUGUUUUUGUUUUUGUUUUCCUCUUUUGUUUAUACAAACACUAAACAUUAAACUUCAGAGAACCAAAAAUCCCACCUUACCACCGAACACUACUAAGGGGCUUGUCUUCUGCUCCAUACCGUUUCUCUUUUCUUUCUCUCUUGUUAAUGCUUUUAAAAACAAAUGAGUUUUUUAUAUAAAUAAAGUUUUUAAAGUGU